AUGUCGGCGUCUGUCUUCCGAAUGUCAAACCUGACUUUGCAACUGACCGACGCGGUGCUCCGUAUGAACAUUGUCGGCGGCACGGGAGAUUUGUUCGUCUAUAUCGCUAUUCUUCCUUUGAAGGCUCAUACCUGCUCGUACAAAUGUAUGAACGAAAAACACCACAAACAGCGGAAACUGGAUUUCGGAAUCAACCCAGCUCAUCGCACGCAAAUGCUCGCUCGUGACUUCGCUCGAUCUGCCAGCGCCCUGUCCCAACGCUCACUGCGACGGCGGUGCCAUCGCGACACACACGCUACACGCCUUUGCACCUACUUGAAGGACGCGCUGAAUUGUAUCGAACGUACUAACAACCAGCCUGUGCCAGCAGAACUCUCGAAGAUCAUUAACGCGGUAUGCGACGCCCUCCGCAUCCGACAAACCGAAGUUAAUGUUACCGCCGCCUGGGGGUUGGGCAGACGAGACGCUGCCAAGGCUAACCCCACGGAGAAAGGAUGCACCGGCCCGGGUCAUGUGGCAAGCAUGCGUCACUAUCGCUUAGGAGCUGCGAACACGGCAAGCACUCUAAAGUAUAUAGGUACAGCCUUCCUGUUACGACCGUCUAGUUGGGCAGAUGGGAUGACGGCCUUCGAUAUAAGUGAAGACGUUUCGGAACUAAGCGAGUCCAUAUGGGACGAUGACGACCUUGGCUACGAAGCCUAUCACGACAUGGAUACAUGA